GCAGGGGCAGUGCAGGGUUUGGCAGCGGCGGCGUCUGGAGCGGUACUUCAGGUCCAUCAGUGGUGCUCUGUACCUAGUUCUCCUGGCUCCCUGCGUCUGCUAUGGCGGAGGCGAUGGAUCUGGGCAAAGACCUCAACGGGCCCACGCACUCCUCGACUCUGUUCGUGAGGGAAGAUGGCAGCUCCAUGUCCUUCUACGUGCGUCCCAGCCCGGCGAAACGCCGGCUCUCGACGCUCAUCCUACACGGCGGCGGUACCCUGUGCCGGGUGCAGGAGCCCGGAGCCGUGCUGCUGGCCCAGCCCGGGGAGGCGGCGGCCGAGGCCUCGGGCGACUUCAUCUCCACGCAGUACAUUCUCGACUGCGUGGAGCGCAACGAGAGGCUCGAGCUGGAGGCCUAUCGGCUGGGCCAGGCCCUGGCGGCCGACCAGGCGCCAGAGACGAAGCCCGGGGCGCAGGCCGAGGGCGCCGCCGCGGAGCCCGAGCGGCAGCCGCCCACGGGGCGGAUCGCCUUCACGGAUGCGGACGACGUGGCCAUCUUGACCUACGUGAAGGAAAAUGCUCGCUCGGCCAGCUCUGUCACCGGCAACGCCUUGUGGAAGGCGAUGGAGAAAAGCUCGCAGACUCAGCACUCGUGGCAGUCGCUGAAGGACCGCUACUUAAAGCACCUGCGGGGCCAGGAGCAUAAGUACCUGUUGGGGGACGCCCCAGUGAGCCCGUCCUCCCAGAAACUCAAGCGGAAAGCUGAGGAAGACCCCGAGGCUGCUGAUAGCGGGGAACCACAGAAUAAGAGAACUCCAGACUUGCCUGAAGAAGAAUUUGUAAGGGAAGAGGUGAAGAAGGAGAAUGAAGAAGCAGUCAAAAAGAUGCUUGUAGAAGCUACCCGGGAGUUUGAGGAAGUUGUGGUGGAGGAAAGCCCUGAUUUUGAAAUACAUAUAACAAUGUGUGAUGAUGACCCACCCACACCUGAGGAAGACUCGGAAACACAGCCUGAUGAGGAUGAAGAAGAAGAAGAAGAAGAAAAAGUUUCUCCACCAGAGGUGGGAGCUGCCAUUAAGAUCAUCCGGCAGUUAAUGGAAAAGUUUAACUUGGAUCUGUCAACAGUUACACAGGCCUUCCUUAAAAAUAGUGGUGAGCUGGAGGCCACUACUUCCUUUUUAGAGUCUGGUCAGAGGGCUGAUGGGUAUCCCAUUUGGUCCAGACAGGAUGACUUAGAUUUGCAAAAAGAUGAUGAGGAUGCCCGAGAUACAUUGGUCAAAAAAUUUGGUGCUCAGAAUGUAGCUCGGAGAAUUGAAUUCCGAAAGAAAUAAUUGACAGGAUAAUGAGAAAAGAGAAAAGGUGUGGCAGAUGAGGUGGUAAAAAAUUUUUUUGUGACCGUUGAACUUUAGAGAUUCUUAUAUUGGAACUGACACUUGUCUUUUUUUUUUUUUUU